UUUAAACCUAUAUUAGCAUAGGGAGAUUAUCUCAAAGGGAUGGGGAUCUGAUAAGAAGUGUCCCCUCAUUGAAGUACAAGAAUUUCCUGCCACCUCCUGUUUGAAGACCACAUUCAUCUCUUGUCUCCAAUCAUAUUAGAGGGGUGUUUUUAAUUCUUAGAGCGAGAAAAAUUACAUCUGAAGGGUAUAAAGAGACAGUCCUAGCUUGACUGAGGGCAGACUGAAUCGUGAUCUGAUGUGGGAAACUUGGUGAAGUACUCUAUCCGAAUUUCAGACCGACCAGAGGAUAAUUAUUCUCCAUCGACGGGGAAAGGGAGGAGAAAAUGUCUGUAGGAAUUGAGAAUCAGACUCCAUAUCCCUUUUCCUACUGCUAUUCAUACCAAAUUGCACUGAACAGUGUCAAGGAACACGGUUUUCUUAGACCUUGGUCUGGUAAACGUAUCCAUCAGUUGGCUUUACCGAGUUAUAUUUACCUGAAAUAUGGACAUCAUUCACAAAACGACACCCGUCACCGUUCAGAUUUGAAUCGAGAAUACAAUGGCAUCCACCAUCCAACCUUCUAUAUCCGGGAGUGCGGCUCGAACAGGUCAUCGUUGCAGCUAACGUGUAACUGGGGAGGAGCUAGUCCUACAUGUCAAAACUAUGGCAAACAAGAAGAGGACAGAAAGGAGAUGGAAAGAAAAAGAAUUCAAGAAGAAGAGAGGAGGAGGCAGCAGCAGAUUGAGCGAGAGAGGAGGAUUCAGGAGGAGAUUAAGAAGGAAAGUAAAGCUCUAGAAGAAAAACAAGCCCAGUUCAAUAAGGAGCUGGAGAUGAGAAGAAACAGAAAGAUGCAAAGACAGAAGCAAACUAAUAUCCUUUGCCACAUGGUAGAAGAUGAUGCCCUUCCCAUCCAAAUAACUGAGGUUAAAGAUGUAGAAGAGACAUUCAGCAAACUCUUGACCAUGCAUGGAAUUCUGGAAGAUGGAAUAAUGAAAAACAAAAGUUUAGCUGAGAGGAUAAAUACACUGCAAUAUAAAAUGAUACAAGUCUAUGCUCUAAAAAAGUGUUUACCUCUUCAAGCCUUCCAUAAUUUGGAUCACGUGUUUCAUUAUGAGAAUCUGUCUCUAACAGAACAUGUUAGACUUCUGAAAGCCCUGAUAGAGGUCACCAUGACCGAUGCUACAACGGAAGACACUCUUAUCUCAUCUGGAGAAACACCUAUGGAAGAGAAGACGGUGUUUCUGCUCCAUAUUGUGGAAAAGCUCUAUCAAGACAGUAAGACCACAGCUGGGAACAUUGUCCUGAACAUGAUCCAAGAGUUUUCAGAUGUCUGUAAGGAACAACUGUCUCUGAUCCUGUUCAAUGGAAUUUGGAAUCCGGUUAAGGCAUUAACAUUUUACUUAGAAGCUUGCAAAGCUGGAACUUCCCAGGAGAACAUAGAAAAAAUUCUCCAUCAAGUAAAGACCUUCCAGCUUGGACUGGAUAUGCCAAUUGAUGUUCUGAAGAAAAAGGAGCCCUUGAAAUAUCUGAACACAAAAAUGGAAACUGAUAAAGAUGUGAAGACACUCAUACAAGAAAUGAGACAGCUGAGCCAUCCAGAAAACGUCCUAAAUUUUCUUGAAAAUGUCUUAGAAAAACUAAUGUCUGAUCUUCCCAAGUAUGCACAGAAAGAUCUUGAUGCUAAUAUGAAAAACGAAGCAAUCCAAAUGAUAAGGGAUUUUGAUCUGACCAAUCCCAGUGUGGAAGUUAUGGUGAAAAUUUUGAUUAUAUUAUCAGUAGCAGUUGAAGACACCACAAGUGUUAGUUCUGAAGACCAUACAAAGAUUGUGGGGGGAUAUUUUCCUCGAGCCACUCAGUUUGCUUCCAUCAUAAGCCUGCUCCUUUCCAAUUCUCAGGAUGUUAAAGGCUGUCUAUUGGAAAUUGGUACCGGAGAAGGAAAAUCCUGUAUUGUGGCAUUGUUUGCCAUGAUGCAUGCAAUAAGAGGAAAAACAGUAGAUAUUAUCACCAGUUCUCCAGUCUUGGCCCGUCGAGAUGCAGAAGAAUGGAGUGAACUAUAUAAAAAGUUUGAUAUAACCUGCAGUGUUAUUCCUCCGGCAAAUUUAGAUGUAGCCGCUGAUUCCAAAGACCCAACUGCAGUCAUUUGUAAGGCCUAUAAUUCACACAUUGUUUAUGGAACGGUGGAAGACUUUGCUGCGGACAUUCUGAGACAGGAAUUUGAAAGACAAAAGACCCGAAAUAAACGCAAGUUUGAUGUCGCCAUCAUAGAUGAGGUGGAUUAUAUGACCUUGGACAAUGGAGUGCAAAUUACUUUUCUUUCCCAUGAUGCUACAGGGAUGAGACACUUGGACCAAUUACUGACGGCAAUUUGGGCAAAACUUCACAAGUGUCAAAGAAUCAUGGCGGAAUCAGGUGAGGUGUACUGGACUCCAGGAAUACAAUAUUUUCACAAGCUUGCCACAGAUGCUGUUUUUGGACAGGAAACAACUGAGCAUUUCAGUUCUAUUCAUAUCCUAGAAUUUGGGGUGCAGCUCGGUCUCCUCAGUGAAGAAGAGCUAAAGGAGGUUAAAGUUGAGACAUCUUCUGAAAUAAGUGACUUACAACAGACAGAGCUAGAAAAGCUGAUAGUAAAAUUUGGACCACAGCAAGAGAAAGAUCUUCUGAAAGUCUUUGGCAAAGUUUUGGAAGAUUCCGUCCAGUUUAAGUUUUAUGAACUAAAGGAUGACAAAGCUUCUUUUAUUGAAACCAGCUGUGAUUCUGGAGAGCCAAUCAGUGUUCUCCUCCUUCCACAAGGACAAGCAUGUGUGCUGAUGACAAUAAAACAGUUGGUGAAUGCCACCAUUGAAGAAUUAUCUCUGAAAAUUAAAUACUCUGAUGACUACAGACCAAAAGACAUCACUGAUAAAGAAAAUGAAGGCGUCAUUUUAAUCCCUAAACACUUGAAAGAGUACACCAAGAACAGACUUCCAGUCUUUGUGGAGAAUGCCCUUCAGGCCAUCAUGAUGGAAACGGGUAGAGAAUAUACUAUAGACAGCAGAGACAAAUCAAGUUCACCCGAGCAUCACAGCAUCAUCCCAAUUGACUUUAAAUCCACAGGCGUGUUGGAGAAAAACAAGCGCUGGGGAGAUGGUCUGCAGCAAUUUCUGGAACUAAAACAUCGACUAGCCUUAUCUCAAAUAUCUUGUGUCACCAACUUUAUGUCCAACUUCCAUUUCUUUCAAAGAUACCUCUCUGGUUCUGGAAUAUACGGGGUGUCAGGUACAUUAGGGGAGGAAGCUGAUUUUACCUUUCUGAAGAAGCAUUUCAAUACACAUUGCUACCCUAUGCCCACUCAUCGUUACACUAAGAGGUUGGAGCUACCAGUUCUGCAAGUGUUUGGAGGUCGGGAAGCCUGGAUUAAGGAAAUCUGUAUGUUGGUGGAAAAACAAACAAGUCCAAGAUGUGGGACAAAAGGACAAUGUGUUUUGGUGAUUUGUGAGGAUGUAAAAACUGCGGAGAAAGUUCAACGUCAGUUGAUCAAUCUUCGGGCAAUAUCCAAUCCUGGCAAAAUCACUAUGUACACCAGAAGUGACAAACACAAUGUAGAAGAAAAAAAAUUUCAUUCAGGUGAAGUCAUUUUGGCGACAAACCUUGGUGGUCGAGGAACAGAUUUUAAAGUUACAGAAGACGUGAACGAAAGUGGAGGUCUAAGUGUCAUUCUUACUCAUUUUCCCAGCAACAGACGAGUAGAAAAACAAAUAUUUGGACGUACAUCACGUAAAGGAAAUCCAGGGAUGGUGCAGAUGGUGUUAAAUCAGAAUGAUUUGGCUGCUUCGUAUCAGGGACAAACUGUGGAGGAGAUGAGGAAACUGAGAGAGAAUUAUGAAAAAGGACGUAUUGCAGACAUGGAAAAUGAUGAGCUUUUAGAAGUCAACAUACACCAUGAGCUCUUUACUUUAUUUUGUCAACAUCUGAAGAAGUUUGACAGUAAUUAUUCAGAGGAGGAGAAACAGGAAUCUAACAUUAGUCAACAAAGUGUAAAAGAAACCUCAAAAAUGGAUUACCAUCCGGCCCUAAACUCCUUAAAAGAGACCUGGGCUUUAUGGCUCACCACUCAUGAAGAUGACAUCAAUGACCACAAGGACUUAGGGCCAUUAAAAGAUAAUCUUAGCUUAAUUCUGGAGGCCAAGUCUGAGAACCUUCUACAAGGAAGAAGUGAAAAUUUUUAUGACUAUGUUAAGGCCGCUGUGGAUCGGACAUGCUUACACAGCAAUGACAAGAAUAAUGACUAUGGUGCCUUAUCUUGUUGGGAUAAAAUGGAAAAAGCUGACAAUAUGUACCGGGCAAUCUCCCUUUACAAUCGUGCCUUCAUUACCAUUAAUAUGGCCAAGGAUGACUAUAAACAAAAUUCUAUUACCUUACUGAGAGAAGCCAAAGCAGCUCUGGACAUUUAUGCCUCUGAAAUUUGCAAUAUUAAUGUCUUUGGAAACUUGACACAAUGCUCAAGAUUUGAACAACACAACCAGGAAUCAAACUUUGACUUGCAGAAACAAACAAAGAUGCAAUUGCUGAAUUCCUGGAAAAACUACAUUGAAAAUUCUGUAAAAAAGUUAGAGGAUUUGAACAGAGAGGGAAAGGAUGCUGACACUGAGUUGACCAGUGUGUUCACACUCUCUACAACCGAGCACAGCAGUAAAGUAGAGCAAGAUGAGAUGUAUCUUCUCUAUGAUUAUGGACUUGCAUUUGUCUAUGAGGUGAAAAAAAAGCCAAAGUUCUGUUUAGAUGCCCUCAUUUGUUUUUUCCUUGGAGUAGUACAAGUUCUAGCUGGGAUAUUGAUUUGUGCAUUAACGUGUGGAGCAGCAAGUAAGAUUGGAUUAGGUCUUAUCUCUGAAGGUGUUAGUGACAUGGUUUCUGGUGUAGAAGGUAUGAUCAAGGGUACUUUUGAUUGGGCACAAUGGGCAAUAUCAAAAGCCAUAAGUAUCGGAAUGUCUCUCUUGACAGCUGGGCUUAACCACAUUUUUAAAGGCGCUAAAAAGAUUCUCAGCAUCACCACAAAUCUCCUCGAUGGGAUACAGAAAUUCAGCUCGCUGGCUAAUGAUGCAAUUCAAUCAGGAAAGAUAUCUGGUCUGAAGUCAACAACACCUUCAGCAAUAAAGGAUACUGUCACUAUAUCCUUCAAGGGACUCGCCACCAACUCAGCUGCAAAGAAAGUCAUGCUUGAGGGUGCAAAAUUUGCUGGCAAGGAACUGGUCAACCAGGGAUCAAAAGCAUUGAAUGUUGUAAUUGACGCAGCUUUUAAAGAAGCACUUAAAAAUAUAUUUGAGAAAUGCCUUUUAAAUAAAAUACACACCAGUGUGAAGAACAAUAAAGAUCUGGAGGAGGGUCUCAUCAACUUCAUUGUAACUCAAGUCGUUCCAGAGGCUGCAAAGGACCAAUCUAAAGAUUAUGUGAUACCCCUAAAAAACAAAGAAUUAAAUAAAGAUUCAAUGAAAAAACUGUCUCAGUCAGCUGCGGAAGACGUCUUUAGUCAUCAUGAGACCUACAAUGAGAUUCGAUCCCACUUAGAUACCACUACUAACUUUAUUAUACAAAUACUAGAAACACAGGUUUCCUCGUCAAGUCUGGAAAAAGUUAAGCUGUGCACAUGCAUUUCAAAUGCAGGACUAGAAAUUGCAGAUCUGGUAAAAUCUGUUCCCAUUGAGCCAAUAAUCAAUGAGAAAUUAAUACCUCAUAUCAUCUCUGACAUGUCUAAAAGCUCCUCUAGUGUGAAAGACGCACGUAGCGAGUUCAAAGAGGUUCUCAAAUUGAAAGAAGAAAUGCGGGAUUUAGUAUCAGAAGAUGUUUCCAGGACAGUCAUUGGCCUACUGGUUGACCAAGUUUCAUCUCUCGUACAAACUACAUGGGAAAUUCCUUAUGUAAAAAAAAAUGUGACAAAAAUACAAGACAAAGCUGUGGAAUGGUUUGAGAAGACACCACAGACAUACUUUCAUAUCAACCAAAACAUUUAUGUGCACAAGAAUGGAGAGCAAGACACCAGAAUAAAGCCAGAGGAAGCUCAGUCACAUAUAACCAAAAUACUGAUGGAUGAGGACCAAAGCCUUGACCUGGAGCUCAAUGUCCUAACUAAGAGUGACCUAAUUCAGGGUCGAAGAGUAAAAAUGAUAUCUGUAAAGGAGGAUGUAACAACAGUGUCCACAGAAUAUUACCCUGGAAAGAACUCCUCAUCUGAGACCAUUGUGCUUCAAAUGAAGAGUUCUCACACAGGACAAUUAAUGUUCCGCGCUGUCAAUUCAGAGGGCCAGAGCAGGUGGAGCGGACUGUAUGAUGUCAUAUCACAAGCCAGCGGAGGGAAGAUCGAAGGUGAUGUCAUCCAGACAUCCAUCCAUAACGUGAUCCGGGAGAAUUCGGAGGAGUAUCGACCACAGAUCAACAGAGAGAUCCAGCGACAGAUAUGGAGGGACAUGGCGACUCAUUACGCAAUCCCAGAAUAAGAGAAGGAAGAAAAAUUUGAAAAAAAAGGAAGUCUUAAUGAAAUCUUUUCUAAUGAUUUUAAAGCUGAACUCCAGGCAAACCUUUAAAUACACAAUUGAAA